CAAAAAACAAUCAAAGAAGGAAAUCGAUAGGAAAGGUAAACAAGGAAAAAACAAUUUCGAAAGUAAAAAAAACAGAAAAAGAAAUCAUUUCUGAGAUUAUAACUUCAAUUGAUUCUCGAUUACAAAUAUUUGAAGAAUAUAAACUUCAAUCUCCCAAGUAUACUCCAGAAUCUCCUAUAUAUAUUCCACAAUCACCAUCUACUCAGUCUAAGACCAAGUAG